AGCUUUUAACUUCUUUUUUCACCUCACACAUAGAGUAGAUAUUUCUGUCCUGUGGCUGCAGAUUCGUUUUUAUUAAAGUUCCGUUGGUCCCAUUUCACAACCGCCUCUGAAAUUUACCUUUAUAAAUAUUUUGUUUCAUGUCACAGUUUCUUGAUUUGAGAUUUACUUUAUUUUUUUAAUUUGCAUGAAAAAUAGUGUGUACCUAUAUUGUUGUUAUUUGGUGGAAUUUGGUGAGGGAAAUGGAGUUUUGUAAAGAAAGGUGGCCAUCAUAUUAUAGUGUUCUUGGUGUUAAUGCAAACUCUUCUGAUGAAGAAAUUAAACGUGCUUAUAGAAAGCUAGCUAUGCAAUGGCACCCUGAUAAAUGGACGAGGACGCCUUCAUUAUUAGGUGAAGCUAAGAGGAAGUUUCAGCAAAUCCAAGAAGCCUAUUCAGUGUUGUCGGAUCAGAAGAAGAGAAUGAUGUAUGAUGCAGGAUUGUAUGACCCUGAGGAAGAUGAGGAUGAGGGAUUUGCUGAUUUUCUACAAGAAAUGGUAUCUCUAAUGGAUGAUGCAAGGAAAGAGGAGAAAAGUUACAGUAUGGAGGAGCUACAGGGCAUGUUUUGGGAGAUGGCACAAGGAUUUGAGACUACUAAUUGGUUUAACUUCUCUCAACAACAAGAUUUCAAGUCCUCGCAAUGGUUUUGCAGUCCUUUGGCUUAUGAUCACUCCAAAACUUCAAGGACAGCUCAGUUGGAUACAAAUUUUACAGACAGAAAUCUCUUCCUCGAUUUCUCAAGCGUGGAGAUGCAUGGAGCUAAUCGUUUCUGUAGAUAAAGCGAUUUCAAGAUAAUUUUCAGCGAUGAGAAACACACGCGAAUAUUUUUGCAUCUUAAGAUGUUGUUAGUAUCACUUUAGUGAAGCAAUGUGCAGAGGAGAUUGGAGAAUUUUGGCUUUGAAUGAUGAGGACCACAAGCAUUAGAGAAUCAUAUGUGGUUAGACGCGAUCACAAGCAUUAGAGAAUCAUAUGUGGUUAGACGCGAUCAUAUCAACACUAACACACAGGAUCCUGUCGGAUUGAAUUGGGCAUAGUUUGUAGAUAUAGAAACCAGAAUUGGGCAUAGUUUGUAGAUACUUGAUGUUUUUGAGAUGUACUAUCUGUAGUGUUACUUUGGAUGAGAUUUUGGUGAAACUUAUAAGUGAUAUAUUUUGAUUUGUGUAGUGUU